CCUGUGUGAACCCUCAAGAUUGAGCAUCAUGGAAAGCGACAAAUUCCCCGCCAUUCAGUGAUGUCAUUGGUCGGAAGAAGAACUACACUAGCUAGUCCCAGCGGCUAAACCACUUUCUGAACACGUGUGGGGGAGAGACCAUAACAACUCUUGGAACCUUGGAACCUCAAUACACACCUCAGAUCACAACAUCAACAACAACUCAGCACUCAAACCGGCACUCCGCACACCCCUUUCCGCUGGCAUACCCAACAUGGUUUCCACGCGCGGCCACCCUCGGGACUUCCCCCAACCGGAAACAUCGCCGGCAAAACCGUCGCCGCGAAAGAGUCUCCGACGUUCCACCAGAUCGCCGUCGCGCGCACAAGAAGACACCCCUUCUGCGUCACCAUCACGCGAUCUAAUGACCGCCUCCGCGCCCACGCUACCCAGCUACUCCUCCCAGCUCGACUCCCUGAGCCGCACCUCCGCGACCACGAGAGAAGCAGUCUCCGUGUCGAUCCCAGGAUGGUCGCACACGGCUUCCAACAUCACAAUCGCGUGGCUCAUGGUUUCGGUCCCGCUGCAGAUCUGGGAUACGCUGUACAUCCUGCUGCGACCACAUACGAUGGCCGGCGGCAAGCUGCAAUGGCCGUUGUGGAAACCGUAUGAGAUUUAUGCUGCCAUUGAUCAUGUGUAUGGGUGGCCGGGUUGGAACAAUAACGAUGGGUUUGGCGGGGCGCAGGGCGCGCUGAAUCUGGUUGAGACGGUCCUGUAUGGGCUGUACAUCAUGAUUAUCGUGAAUCAUGGGGUUCCUUCGGCGAGGGGCAAGGGCGUGCAGGUUGGGGAGGGGGCGCGAGGGUGGCUUUCUGGAGGGAGACGGGUGCAGGGGAAGAGGGGGAAUAGGGCGCUGCUUAUUGGGUUUGCGGCGGCGGUUAUGACGCUGAGUAAGACGGUCAUGUAUAUGUUGAAUGAGUAUUUCAGUGGUUUUGAGAACAUUAAGCAUAAUGAUUGGCCAACUCUAAUCACAUUCUACAUUGUCAUGAACGGUCUCUGGAUUGUAUUCCCCACAUACAUGACGAUUGUCUUCGGUUCCGAUAUCCUAGAAGGACUGGAUCUCAUUGCUGUUGAGCCUGUCGCAAAGCCGCCUAGGAAGAAGAGGAAUUAGACGACUUUUUUGACUUUUGUAAUCAGCGGGGAGCGGGUCUUGCCUAGCAUUUCAUCUAAUUCAACCCUUUGAUCGUUCAAGUAACCAGCAACAUAGACUGCGCUUUUCAAGUCCACGCGUACUAUCGACUUGGUACUGGUCCGUGACUCCAGGGCUGUUUCCAUGGAGAGGGACAUGCCUCCAAGAUCCAGCCCUGGCACGGAACCAAAAUACCUCCCGUGGCAUUAUAUUUUCAAUCCCCCAUCAGGUUCACCCUAAUCCUCUAAAUACAUCGAUGCCCCGACUUCUCGCUGCCUGACCAACCUGAUGCAUCAAGCCUACCGCCAUACAGAUACAGCGAUAC